AUGGCUCGCAGCGGACUGGAUGGGAUGUUCUUGGGGAAGACGGUCGGGGACCUGCAGCAGAUCCACUCGCAAUUGCUGCUGAUGAUCGCUCGGAAGCACGGUAUGGGGAAGGCCAUGAGCAUUGUGGGCACGAGCUUGCAAUGGCUUUCCACGGUAUGUGACGACUGCGCCGAGGUCCACGUGCACCCGGUGGACUCGAGCAAGCGCCGGGUGCAUCCACGUGAGCGGUGGCACAGUGCCUUCCAUAAGGUCUCGGAGCUCGCGGACCCCUGGCAGUCCAAGCUGUCCGUCUUCCCACUGGAGCGCGCGGUGCGCCGGCGCUGGGCCGCCUAUGGCUGGGCCUGCUCUGAGGUGCUGGUGCGCCUCGAGAGGGAGCCCUUCGCCCAGGGCGCCAUGCGGAUCUGCCAUCGCAUGCGGGCGCUGCCGGGCUUCAACUGGGUGGCCAAAAGGUACAGCAGCGACCCGGAUGUGUCGGCCUUGGAGAGCGACGUCAUCAUGCAGAUGGCGGCAAAAGGCUAUGCGGAGCGCUUCAAUGCUUGCAACCCCCCGAAGAAGGUGGACUUUAUCGAGGCUUCGGUGCUGCAAAUCUCCGAGCGGCCGCCGGGGAUGCGGGACUUUGCGGUGGAGGCCUUCCUGGAGGGGAGCUUCACGAAACACUCCAGCAACUCGGGCUUCGUGGCGGACGAGGUGGUGCGCAACACGCCCCACGCCUUCUCCCACUUCACUUUCGAGGCCUCUGGUGCUGAGCAAAUCGUUGUGGACAUCCAAGGUGUGGACGACUUGUACACCGACCCGCAGAUCCAUACGGCGAGCGGCGGUUCCCGUUUCGGGCGCGGGAACAUGGGCCUGCGAGGGAUCGCCCUUUUCUUCGCCAGCCACCGCUGCAACAGCGUGUGCCACCAACUUGGCCUCACUCCUUUCGCUCAUUCGCCCAUGCCGGGUGACGGAGCUGCCACGGAGUACAGGCAAGACGAGGAACAAGAGCCCGACGACGCUUCCAUCACGCUGAGCGUGCAGCCAGUGUCUUUGGUGCCGGCGAAGCAUGUGGGUAACGCCGCGGCCCAGAUGUACGCGAAGGUGCACUUCGCGCUGGCCAUGCUCCAUGCGCGGCACGUCCAAGCUGGCGCCGAGUUCAUCGGGCACAACGUGCUGACGUCGCCGGCCCAGGGCCUUUUCCACCUGCAGGUGGCUGCGCAGUUGGGCAGCGUGCAAGGCGCGCUGGCGUUGGCGUGUCUGCACCGCGACUUGCGGCCGCGGAAGGGCGUGCUGAAGGCUUUGGGGGGCGCCUUGCAGCGCCCGCUGCGGGAUGAAGCGCAGUCCCUGAAGUACACCCUGCAGGCGGCGGAGAGCGGCGUGGCGCGGGCCAUGUGCGCAGCGGGCUACGCGCUGGAGAUGGGCCUCGGGUGCCAAAGCUCUAAGGCCUGUGCUGCUGGUUGGUACCGGGCCGCCCUGGCGGCCAGGAAUGCCCAAGCCGAUGAGGAGAACGAGGAGGAGAGGGAGGCCGAGCGUCUGCCGGGGGGCCACUUUGCGGAGCACGAGAUCCUCUCAGCUCUGGCGAGGCUCUACGAAGCCGGGGGCGACGGCUUGGCCCCGAACCCCAGGCUGGCGUGGCAGUUUGAGAUGCUCGCCAAGAGCAGUGCGCGGCGUGAGGACGAGGAAGUGAGUGAGUCCUCAGAAGAGCCGCCACUGAAAAGGGCCGCAAGUGUGAUGCGCAGGCCGGACUAUGCAGAGACCAAAUCCGCCUAUGAGAAGGUCUUCGACCGGCUGGCGGCUAUGAGGCGUCGGGGCGCCGCGCCAGCCUGGGAUAGUCGCUACGUUUGGUGCUGUGCGAGUAUCUUCACCCUGGCGUGUUUGUGUGCCGGCAUUGCUGGCGAGAAGUACGCAGGACAGGCACAGUAUGAGGUGACUCGAACAACUGGAGAAGCGAUCGAUCCCAUCGAUCUGCCUGAAGCGAAGGGCACCACAUCCACCGGGAGCUUCACCACCACGAUGCCCAGGCUUCGGCAGUACGAUCUGCGACCAAGGUCCAGCAACCACGAGGUGGACCUGGUGGUGGCCGCCUUUAGCGAGAACCUCAGCUGGGUGGAGCCCCUGAUGUCGCGAGUGGUCCCCGGCUUCGAGCUGCGUCUCUACUGCAAAGGGCCCAAGCUGCAGGAUCCGCGGUGCCUGCGCAUUGAUAACUUCGGCGGGGAGGAGUACGCCUACUUGACGCACAUUGUCCACUUCUACGACCAGCUUGCACCAAUCACGAUCUUCACAUUGGGCAGCAUUUACACCAGCGACUGGAGAUGGCUCAAGUGUCGGAAGUUGAACUUUGUGCUUAGCCAACUGGACACCCCCGAGAGGCGGAAGCAGUUCUCAGGUUUUGCGACCAUGGCACACCAGGCGCCGGAUUCCUUCAUGGAGUUUGAAGGCUACUUCCAGCUGACGUCGUAUCGGAACCAUGCGGGUGGCCAGAACAUCGCGUCCUGCAGGGCCAGUAUCCAUCCACUGGACAAGUGGUUCAAGGAGUUUGUGGACGUGCCCCUGGAGAAAGCCAGGCUCACCGGGGUGCUCUACAACCCCAUCUUCGCGGUAUCCAGGGAGCGGAUUCGUCAGUAUCCCAAGUCCAUGUACGAGAAGCUGCUGAUGGAAAUCCUCCGAUGCACUGACAAGAAGACCGAGGGGGUGGCAGAAGCUGGCCACUUCUUGGAGAGAGCGUGGAAGCCGAUGUUCGCAGACUUCGACAAGGAGGCCUUCAAGUGCUCAGGCCACUUCGGGCAGCAGAAGGGGGACCCCAUCUGCUGCGACCAGGGCGGGACCAUCGAACUGCCCUGGACCAUUUGCCGCAAGCAGCGGCCCACCUGCUCGGGCCACGUGCAGGGCUCCGGCUGGGGCACCUGCAUGCCCGCAGAUCUGGGCCCGCGUGAGGACCGCUGCCCCUUGGUCUGA